GACUACUGUAGGCCUUCAAAAUGACCAAGUCCACCGAAGCGAACCGAGAUAUCUACUACCGCAAGGCGAAGGAGGUGGGCUUCCGCGCACGCUCGGCUUUUAAGCUGCUGCAGCUGGACGAGCAGUUUGACUUUUUGCGCAACGUACAACGCGCCGUGGACCUGUGCGCUGCGCCUGGAAGCUGGAGCCAAGUGCUGAGCCGCAAAUUAUACGACGCCAGUAACGUACAGAGCGUCGACAGCGACGAUGUGCGUAUUAUGUCGGUGGAUCUGCAGGAGAUGGCGCCAAUCGCCGGCGUGCAGCUGCUACAGGGCGACAUCACCUCGAAGCGCACGGCCGAGCAGAUCAUCAGCCAUUUCCACGGUGCCAAGGCCCAAGUAGUGGUGAGCGAUGGCGCACCUGAUGUGACGGGCGUGCACGACAUUGACGAGUUCGUCCAGGCCGAGCUGCUAGCCGCUGCGCUCAACAUCACCACGCACGUACUGGAAGAGGGCGGCGCUUUUGUUGCAAAGAUCUUCCGCUGCGAGCAAUACGAUCUGCUAGCUACGCAGCUCAGCGUCUUCUUCGAGAGCGUGUCGUGCUCCAAGCCCAUGAGUAGUCGUGCGCAAAGUAACGAGGCCUUUGUAGUAUGCCAAGGUUUCCGGCUGCCCGAAAACUACACGCCUGUAAUGACGUCGUAUCUCCUCCCGCGGUACGGACUUGAGGAAGGCGAAAAGCACGACCCGCUAUUAGUACCGUUCCUAGCAAGCGGAGACCUGUCAGGAUACGACGCCUACCAGCAAUUCUACUGAUGCCUUCGAGAUAAAACAAUUGCUCAAUA